AUGCGUAUUAUAUUACACUUUACUUUUCUAUUUAUUUUCAUAACCUUUCUUCUGGGAUCUUGGAGUAGUGCGAGUGCUAAAAAAAUAAAUAUCAAUGCUGAAAACUUGUCACGUCGGUAUAAUGAUGGCUCAAUAAGUAGUGAUAGUUCAGUAAAGAGGCGCCUAAAUCGCAUUCAAGUAAGAGCAGUUACUCAAAAAAAUUCAAAUACUAUUACCGCAACAGCCACAACGCCCGCAAUAACACCAAAAGGGCAAGUGAGUAAUCAAAGUAAUCCUAUUAAAAACAAUGCUUCGGGUGGUAAACUGAUGAACGAUAAAGCACCUGGUCAAGGUCAAGAUGUGAAUGCUACACAACCGGUUAUUACUGACAUGUCACCAGCCGUUAUCGGCACGGUUUGUGCUGUUUGUGCUGUAUGUCUUUUAGUUGCUGGAGUUUUCACGGUCGUAAACAGGCGGAAGCGUCAGGAACUUACUGAUAGCAUUGUUGCUACAUCAGCUGUUGCAUGGGAACAAGAUGUUGUUGAAGAAUUGAAAGAAGAAGAAACGCUACAGCCUAUAGGUUCAUACACUGUCAUUGACACGUAUGUGCCAACAUUGCCUGAUGAAUUGGAUAUACAACUUGGUGAUAAAGUUACAAUCCUAAUGAUAUAUGAUGACGGCUGGGUACAAGGUAUUAACGAGACUCGAGGCGGUAACAAAGGUGUAUUCCCACAGCAUUGUGUGAAUAUGAACAUUUCCUUUAACAAUAAACGUUCGAGUUCGAUGGGUGGAUAUACAAUUGUGGACCUGAACUAA